AUGAAGCAAAAUGAUGAACAAGAAGAAGCGGAGGAUACUAACAAGGUAAAAAGGUUCAUUUGCCUAGAGAUAUCUGGAAAUGCUACGGAUAACAAAUCUUAUCUCUUAAGAAAAAGACGAGAUAUCUGUUAUAAUGAGGAACGGAUAAUAAAAAAACAACAUCAAGAUGGAUACUCUACACCAUCGCCAUGUAGUCCAACAUUACAUUCACUACCAAUAGAUAAUCCAUUUGUAGUGGAAGAGGACGAGGACGGAAUUAUAAUAAUUGAUGAUGUAGACGAACUGUGCUUCAAUGAUGAGGAUCCAGAAAAUGAUCUUAAGAUAGGAGAAAUCAAUAUAUCUCAAUUAUUCCGGAAAUAUCAGAAUGAGUCAGCAAAGAUCGCAAAGACUGAUGGUCUAUUCGUUGAAUCAAACGUACAUGAAAUACUGGCACUGUCUUCGAUUUUUCUGCUUAUUCCAGGCUCUUACUCAAAAACGAUGGUCAACAUAUUCGGUUCUCCUCUGCUUGAUGAAGUCUAUCAACAAUUCAAACCUGUUCAGCAAACAGCAUUAGACUCAGAAUGUGAAUCAAAUUUUAGGAAGGUGAUCAAGCAAGCAACAAAAGAGUCGCGUCGCAGUGCCAUAAAAUCACUGCUAGCAGAACUUGCAAACGAUCAAAUGUUGGAUGAGAACAUGGAUUACGUUAUCUUGGAAAAUCUGAAAACGUUGCCGACUGAAAAGAUUAAAAAUGAGCCAAGCGAAAUAACGUUUAUUACAAAUUAUCUGGACCGUAUCAUGAGGGAAAUAUUUCAUGAUCCAGACAAACAUAUUAUUGAAUGGCCCAAUACGGGUCUUGAUGAAAGUAAAGCAAGGAAAUCACAAGGAAGAAGCAAACAACCGGACUUUGUAGUAUCUAUUGUCCACCAGCUACAGAAAAGCGGUUUUAUAUUUGUGGGUGAAGUCAGUCCACCUUUAGAAAAAAAUAAUGUCUAUAAGAAUUGCAAUGACCUAAUUCGUGUUGGUGUUUUUAUGAAAGAUUGCCUUGAUUCGGCCAUAGACUUAGGUGCUGACAUAAAAGUGCUAGGUUUUCAAUGCGUUGAUUAUACAUUAGACUUCUACAUGAUGGAUCUCAUUCAAGGAACAUAUGAUCCAUAUCGGGCAAUUUUCAGUCCCGGCUUCGAUGUGCUUUUAGGAGUACGAGAGAUUUUUCGCAAAUCCUUUAAUACUUUCUAUGCUAAGGUCUGUAAUCCAAGUCCACCAUCAGCAAAAGCAAGUUUCAAACGCGAUACCCUUGGAACACCAAAAUUUCAACAGCUUGUUAGCAAGACACGUGACUGCCAUAGAAACUGUCCAUUCUGGUAUGGACGUUUUUAG